UUUUCUGUUUCUUUUUUACUUUUUCUUUUCUGUCCUGCAUCUGCAAUCUGCAUCUCUCCAUUCUACUUCUCUCUCACUCUCACUCUCACUCACACUCACCGGUUCUCUCCCUUCCUAAGAUUCGGCGUCUCUUCGCCGUCGACCACCACCACGACCACCCUCAUCUGUCUAUCCAAUUUCUCUCUCUUACAACCCCCCACCCCUUUCUCUAUCUCACAACCCCCGCUUCGUCCCAGCUCUGCAAGCAGCAGUGCGGGACCGCGUCGCCGCCCUCACCUAGCAUUCCCUGUCGCCCCGCCUCCUUCGGCCUCGGUGUCUCCGUCCUCUGACUCCGCAGUAGCAGCAGAUUCCAAAGCCCAAUUUCCGGUAUUGCAGAUUAACUGACAAUGGAUCUAUUAAUGCUGACAUUAUUUCUUGGAUUUGUAUCGGGCAUGCUCAUUCUAAUCCCUCGACUUCGUAAAUCUGAUAGUGGAAAAAGGGCAGAGAAAAAGUUUACUUCUCAGGCAUCCAAAGCAUACACCAAAGCUGAUGUUUCAUCUCACAAUAAGAGGACCGACUGUUGGAUCAUCAUAAAAGAUAAGGUGUAUGAUGUUACCUCCUAUGUAGAGGAGCACCCUGGUGGUGAUGCUAUCCUUGCACAUGCUGGUGAUGAUUCGACUGAAGGCUUCUUCGGGCCACAACAUGCUACGCGUGUCUUUGAUAUGAUUGAGGACUUCUACGUUGGAGAUUUAGUGAAGUAAUUAUUUGGACAUCAACUCAAUCGCUCAGUUUACAAUCAUGUAUUUUGGAGCUCGAUCGUAAUAGUUUUGAAACGUUGCAGUGGCAUUGAACUUUGCAUUAUUACAUACUAGUAUUAUUUUUUGCUGUUAAUCAAACUUGUGAUCCGUUUUUGUUCUUCAUCA